AUGGGCAUUUUCUACGACGAGAAAGCGAUCGACUUCCUGACCAACGAAGGGUACAGUGUCACGCUCAUCGGCAAGGACGUGGAGCCGCUCAUGAAUAAGGUCGUGAACCCGAAGUCAAAGCUGUGCAGGUACAGUGACGAGCUCACGCUCGUCUACGGCAUCACGAAGCCGAUCGCCGGGUGGCUCAACGACGCGGCCGGGAUCAGGCAGGUGGACGAGAGCUUCUUCAUGCCCUUGCUCGCCGACAACCACAAGGACUUGUACAAGAUCUCGGGUCCGCACAGCCCCAUGUACGCAUCUCAGUACUCGAACAUCACCUUGAUCUCGUGCGCUCCUGAUAACCAGUUCGCGGUCAACGCCAUGCACUUGCCCACGUUAGCGGGGAUGAGGUCUGACUUAAUCGAGAAGGUAGUCAAUGUCACGGUCCCCUCCUACUCCGGGCUGCCGUACAUGAACAUGCACAAGUACCCGAUCAAGAUCGACCAGGCGGACAUAGGCAGAAUUUCGGAUCCGUCAACGCACCUGCGCUCCAACACGAUAAAGUGCAAGGUCAAGCUCCCGACGGCGAACCCGGGCGUGUUCAGGUUGCGGACCGUGCGCAUCUCCCUAUAG